AUGGCAAAGUCUGUGUGUAAUAUUAAACUCAGUAAAUCAUUAUCUGAAGAAUCCAACUCUUCUUUGGUCUCUGUUGUUGAACUACCUGGUGAUAUAUUAGUGGUUCCUCAAGCAACUCUUGGUGGAAAACAAAAAGGAAAUCGGAUGCAAUAUCAUGGAAAUAUAAAUAAAAAAGACGGAGAAAAAUUAUAUAGAAUUUUUGUUGAAACUUUAAGAAAUAUUCAAGAUAAAAAUGAGUCUUGUCACAAUAAUAACGUACGAACGGAAUCUGGAACGUACAGAAAUUUACAAGUUUUAUCUGUAGAGACUAAUGGUCCAUAUACACAUGUUUUGAAUUUUUAA